UGUUAUGGACUCAUUAGAACAGAAAAAAAAAAUUUAUAGGUUGCCGACCUUUAUUUUAUAACCCAAUGUUUCCAAGAAAUCCUUUCUUAAAAUUCAACAAUUCCAAACCAUUUGCUCCUCAUUCCUCCAUAAGAGCAGAUCUGAAAUGGCUGAAGAAGUGAAGUUAUUUGGCAUGUGGGCAAGUUCUUAUAAUCUUAGAAUUGAACUAGCCCUGAAGCUGAAAGGGAUGCCUUAUGAAUACAUUGAAGAAGACCUUUCCAACAAGAGUAACGUGCUUCUACAACUCAAUUCUGUCCACGAGAAAAUCCCUGUGCUUGUACACAAUGGAAAACCAAUCAUGGAGUCACUUGUUAUUCUUGAGUACAUAGAUGAGACCUGGAAAAAUAACCCUCUUUUGCCUCAGGAUCCUUAUGAAAGAGCCACGGCACGCUUUUGGGCAAAGUUCAUAGAUGAAAAGAUCCAGCCAACAGCUAGGAAUGUUAACUUGGCUGAAGGGAAGGAACAAGAGGAGGCGGUGGAAGAAUGUUGUCAGCAGCUGAAGAGGCUUGAGAAUGAGCUCAAAGGGAAGUCUUUCUUUGGAAGUGAUACGGUUGGGUACUUGGAUAUUGCUGCACUUGUUAUAGCAUUCUGGUUUGAAGUGGUUCGAGAAGUUGUGGGACUAGAGUUGGUCACUGAAGAGAGGUUUCCAAUUUUAUGCAAAUGGAUUGGAAAGUUGCAAAAUAUUGAUGCGGUCAAUGAAUGUGCUGCGGUCAAUGAAUGCAGACCUCCUAAAGAGGAACAUUUCAACAACAUUCGAACUCGCUUUGAAGCCGCAAAAGCUGAUUCCAAAUAAAGACCGAGAUGAUGAUCUGAAUCCCAUGUU